UGCUAGUCGGUCGGUCUGAUGAGUCUCAUGCACCUCUUCCUUUUUAUAUCCAUCCAUCCAUCUCUUGAGCUCCUCUUCAUUAGCUCGAUCACCAGUUCAAGAUUAUAUUCAUCCAAGAAGAAACAAAGAAAGAAAGAAAACAACCUAUCUAGCUAGCUAGUACACAAUCAAUCAAUCAAUCAAUAGUCAAUACAAUGGCGGGCAAGAUCAAGACGGUGGUGGUGCUGGUGCAGGAGAACCGCUCCUUCGACCACAUGCUGGGCUGGUUCAAGUCGCUCAACCCGGCCAUCGACGGCGUCACCGGCGACGAGACCAACCGCGUGGACGCCUCCGACCCCUCCUCCCGCGCCGUCCGCUUCAGCGACCGCGCCCAGUACGUGGACCCGGACCCGGGCCACUCCAUCCAGGCCAUCUACGAGCAGCUCUACGGGGCGCCCUUCGUCGACGCCGCCGCCACGCCCAUCACGCCGCCCGCCGUCCCCGCGCCGCCCAUGUCCGGCUUCGCGCAGCAGGCGGAGAAGGAGCAGCCCGGCAUGGCGGACACGGUCAUGAGCGGCUUCCGCCCCGACGCCGUCCCCGUCUACCGGGAGCUGGUGCGCGAGUUCGCCGUGUGCGACCGCUGGUUCGCCUCCGUGCCGGCGUCCACGCAGCCCAACCGGCUGUUCGUGCACUCGGCCACCUCCCAUGGCCUCGUCAGCAACGACGCCAAGGUCCUCGUGCCCGGCCUGCCGCAGAGGACAAUCUUCGACAACCUCCACGACCAGGGCUUCUCCUUCGGCAUCUACUACCAGUACCCGCCCUCCACGCUCUUCUACAGAAACCUGCGCCGGCUCAAGUACGUCGGCAACUUCCACCAGUUCGACCUCCACUUCAGACGCCAUUGCCGGGAGGGCAAGCUGCCCAACUACGUCGUCGUCGAGCAGCGCUACUUCGACCUCGAGGUCCUCGGCCUCCCCGGCAACGACGACCACCCCUCCCACGACGUCGCCGAGGGACAGCGCUUCGUCAAGGAGGUCUACGAGGCGCUGCGCUCCAGCCCGCAGUGGGAGGAGGCGCUGCUCGUCAUCACCUACGACGAGCACGGCGGCUUCUACGACCACGUCCCCACCCCCGUCGGCGUGCCCAGCCCCGACGGCAUCGUCAGCGCCGCGCCCUUCUUCUUCGAGUUCGACCGCCUCGGCGCCCGCGUCCCGGCGCUCUUCGUCUCGCCGUGGAUCGAGCCGGGGACCGUCGUGCACAGGCCGCCGGGACCGCACCCGACGUCGGAGUUCGAGCACUCCUCCAUCCCGGCCACCGUCAAGAACAUCUUCAACAUCGACGGCUUCCUGACCAAGCGGGACGCCUGGGCCGGCACCUUCGACUCCGUGCUCACGCGCGACACGCCGCGCACCGACUGCCCGGUCACCCUGCCUGAGCCGGUGAAGCUGCGGCGGACGGCGCCGGUGGAGCAUGCCCCGCUGUCGGAGUUCCAGGAGGAGCUCGUCCAGCUCGCCGCGGUGCUCAACGGCGACCACACCAAGGACUCGUACCCGCACAAGCUCGUCGAGGGCAUGACGGUGGCGGAGGCGGCCAAGUACUGCGUCGACGCUUUCAGGGCCUUCUUGGACGAGUGCGACCGCUACAACAAGUGCGGCGAGGACGGCUCCCACAUCCCCACAGUCAAGCCGCCGUCCUCUGCGCCUGCACCGGGGAAGAACAAGAGCAGCUUCGCGUCCAAGGUGCUUGCUUGCCUUGCGUGUGGCCAUCAAUCUCCAUCUUCCUCUUCCUAGGCGUCACGCUACUUCUUCGUUCUCUCAUCAGGGAACGAGAUAGGUUGUGUUGCAGCAGGGGAAGAGCAGUGUACAAAGCCUGAUUCAUUAUACGGUGUAAUUUACAGAGCCUGAUUGAUAUGGUUUAUUCUA